UGUUUUCCUUCCAUGACAGGAACCAGGCAGGUGACAUUGCACUUCUUUGUUGAAAUAUUUGUUCUGUCUAAUCAUUAUAAUCAGCGCACAUUUUCUUUCGAUAACGUAAAGACAAGCAAAAAUGAAAGUUAGUAAUCAUGCCAAACCUUUUUCUUUUGUUAAAAAACAGUAGAUUUGUUUGAAUUUCCUAAAGAAAAAAAAAUUAUUUUGAUUACAAGAAUGGAAAUAAUAGAUAUGGAUAUGAUUUAAGUACAAAUGUAUGUGAUUUAAGUACUUAAUAAUGUUAAUCAUGAAAAAUUGAGAUAGAUUAUAAACAUUUGAGAUAAGUCUUGAAAAGCUAAGCUAGUUGUGUCAUGUCAAUGUUGGUGUACUAGUAUGUUUGGAAAGUUUAAGGUUAAGUGCACUAAGUGAUAAAUUAUAUGUGGACAUGUACAUACUUUUUUUUAAAUAAACAGAUUUUUAGAUUAAUCAUAGAAAAGUCAUUGGAUAUUUAUCAUGGAAAUUAAAUUCACAAGUGGCAUGGAUAUUGAAGUGAAAUAACAAAUAUUGAAUCUAACUUUAAAGUGGAUUUGGAAGAUAAAUGAAGGAAAAAUCAGUGAAAUUGAAAAAUAAGUGAAUUACUAAUUGAGUUGAAAUAAUGGACACUUCAGGGUAGGACAUGCAAUAUAAAAUGUAGUUAUUUAAUUAACCUAAUUUGAUAAUUAAUAUAACUAGUGAGAGAGAUCAGUCUAAUAUAUAAGCUGAAAUCAAUGUGAGAUUCAUUUAGAAAAGGAGUGAUGAUGUCCAGAAGGUAUACUUUGUUACGAAGUAAAAACGGGCAACGAAGUUCAUCAAUGAAUGAUAUAUAUGGAGGGCUUUAUAUGGGAUAUUCAAACAAGUCUUUAGUGGGUAACAUGUCAAGGAGACGAGCCUCGGAGGGUUCUGCUAUGGCUUCGUCGAUAAAAUCAACAAAAAAGAAGUCGAAGAAGCAAACUUCUAGUCAAGGUCCGUUUUCUGUCAGAGUUAUAGUUAUAAGCAGCUGUGUUUUAACAAUAGCAUUAGUAAUCUAUGAAAUUAGACUUGAGCUGUUAAGUUUGAUUGGAUUAGAUUUAGCCGUCAAUAAAAAUUUGACGUAUGACUCAUCAGGUGAUGUACUGUCGAACAAUGGCGGUUGGAGAUUAGCAGACGACCAAACAGUAAUUAGUUUUAGCAGUGAUAUUUGUAAUAUUGAAAGAAAAUCAGCUGAUGAACUUACUGAAAGUGAUUUUGAAACAAAUUAUCGAUAUAAAAAACCGUUAUUGGUUACUUUUAAAAAUGGAGCAAAAGAUUGGACUAACCCAGAAAAAUGGACAGUAGAAAGUUUAAAACAGGAGUAUGGAAAAUGGACAGUAUUAUCAGGGAAUGCACGAGAUAUUGUGCGGAGGGGCGGCUCGGGAUACAUAGACACUUCGUUUUCAGAAUACGUUGACAGGAUAAUGACCGCCAAUGAUAACACAAAAGAACCAUCUUAUGUUUUUGAUAGAGAAUUUUACAAUGAUUCCAGCCUUCCGUCCACCAUAAAACCACCAAGUUACUUCAAGAUAAAGGAUGGGAUAGAUGACAGUAUAUUUUUCCUUGGUAGCUCAGGUUCAGGGGUCAGUUUCCACAAACAUGCAGAUACCUGGAAUGGUGUGGUAUUCGGCCAGAAGAGAUGGUUUUUAUACAUGAUUGAUAAAACACCGCCUGGAGGUGUGUACCCUGGCUAUACACAGAUAGAAUGGUAUAAGGAAAUUUAUCCACAAUUGUCACCAGAAGAAAAGCCUCUGGAAUGUAUUCAAAAAGCAGGAGAAAUAUUGUACCUGCCUGAGAGUACGUACCACGGCACUAUUAACCUAGGAGAUACAAUAGCUAUAGGUAUACAGAAGAAAGAGGCGGUCACAACAGUCGAGAAACUUUUCUACGAUGAAAGGAAAAUAGAAGAAUCUAUGAGGGGUAAAGACGAAACUGAGAAACAGAAAUUAAAACUGCAACAGGUGAAGAUCGUUGAAAAACUAGUGCAAUUAUUGCCAGAUAAUGCGGAGGUACAGAUGAAGCUAGGUAGUCAAUAUGCUGACAUUCGGGAGUAUGAGAAGGCCAGACAUCACACCAGACAAGCUAUCAAACUAGACAAACAUUUUGUUAUUGCAGUUUUAAACCUAGCAGGCAUGGAAUUUAAGAUAGGUAAUUUGGAAGAAGCCGAUCAGUUGUACAGACAUGCAAAAGAGAUGAAUCCAAACCUCUGGGAUGUUUACGCUCAAUAUGGUGACUUCCUGGUCAAUUCAGGACGUGCACGAGAUGCCGUGCAUAUAUACAGAAAGGGUACUGAAUUAGAGCCAGACACUCUACCAUUCUGGCAGCAGUUAAGGUAUGCUCAGCAGAUAUCUGGUGAUUCAGAGGGGGCCAAGGAAACUGGGAAAGUUAUAGAUAAAAUGAGGAAAAAACCUAGAUAGCUGAAGAUAUAAAAACAUUUGGUACUUUGAAUUAAAUGAUAAUGGCAGGUUCUUUAGUGUUCCAAGUUUGAAGACAUUUAUUCAUUGAAGCAUUAAACAAAUUUUAAACAAAAAUAAAAUGUUUUUUUUUUUGGACAGAGGUAGACAGAUUGACAAGUUCAAUGAUAUGUUAAAUUUGGUGUAAAAGUAUACAAACAGAAACCGAAAAAUAAACAAACAGACAGAUGUUUGAUAUGUGCUUAGGAAAUUGACUGAUUGUUGCAAAAUGGUCUCAUUGUAAAUUGUCACAAAAGCAUGAUUGUGUAUUCAAAGAAACAACUUUAGUAAUGUUGAUAUCAUAAAGCGGUUCAGUCAAUUUUUUGCCUCAAAUGAUAUAAAUAAAAUAGCUCCCGUCUAUAAAUAUGCAUUGAAAUGUGAUCUGCAAACUGAAAUGUUAAAAUUGAAAAUUUUCAUAAGAUUUCCUAAAAUAAGAAAUCCAAAUAUAAAUUUGUUAUACCGGUACAAUAUGUUAAAAAUGUCUCAUUUUUACUAGUAGCUCACCUGAGCACAAAGUUCUCAGAGGUGAACUUUUGUGAUGACAGUGUGUCUGCAGUCCAUCAUUGGGCAUAUGUUUGUUAUCCACAAUUUCUUUAAACAACAUCUUUACCUAAACAAGUAAACUACAUGGUUGAUUUUGACCAAACUUCAUAGGAAUGAUCCUUAGGUGGCCUUCAGACACUAUAUAAAUGGUUCCAGUUUGAUGUAUAAAUAGGUCAGAGGAGCUAAAAAUAGACUUCUAGAAUUUUAAAAAUUGAAAUCUUUAAAAAAUCUUCUUCUCAGAAACUACAAUGCCCAGAGCUUAAAUGCUUAGAUUAAAGAAUCACCUGGUGGUCUUCUAAAAAAGGUUUCAUAAAUCAUGUCUCAGGGGUCACAGUAAAACACAUUGAUCUCAGCUUGUGUUAGAUUACAUUACUGAGAGCAUUUUAUAGCUUACAUCUACAAAUAUUGAUAUAAAAAAUAUGCAGAUUAUGUCAAAAAAAUGACAUAUCCUGUGGAACAUCAUUACUGAGAAAUUACAAAUUCAAAGUCAAUAUUUCUAGAAACUUGUCAUGAAGAAUUUCAUAGCAGACAUUAAAUUUUACAAAUAUUUUAAGAAUCAUACAGACUGGAUAAUAAUUUGGCAAUCCCUAGAUGUGACCUCAUUUUUGUCUUUAACAUUGAAAAAUAAAAAUUGUUACCUUUCAAGCAAUGUAUCUCAGGUGAGCAAUCAAGGGCCAUCAUGGCACUCUUGUUAUUUUUAGUUUCUAAAUGUAUGUACAUGUAGUUGCAGGAUUUUACAUUCCAGUGUUUUAUAUUUGAUGAAUCUUUACAUUCCUUUUUACUAUUAUCAUUAUUAUCUCUUUCAAUGUUUUAAUAUAGCUAUGGUGUUUGUAUCUUUAUCAUUGUCUCUGAAGUGUUGUUUUGUCAUGAUUUUUCUAUCUCAGAAACUAUUCAAGGCACAAAAUCUUUUUCAGACUUGGCUAAGUCACUUAUAUGUAUAAUUAUGUUUGGUAUAUUGUAAAUUAUCACAAAACAACAAUGAUUUAUCUUGUAAUUUUGCAGCUUCUCAACUAGCCCAAAUAUGUCACGAGUUCAACAUUGGUGUUUUGUUUUUUUUCUCAAUAUUUUUUGUCUUUAAUUAGUUCAGACAGGUUCAUGAGAUUAAGGUGCACCAGUAGAGCUAUAAAGCCCAUAUUUGGAUUCAGUGUGCCCUCAAACUUGACUGUUAACAGAAAGAUUUUUUUUAAACAUUUUAAAACACAUUGAAAAUCAGAUACCAAACUUUUGACAACAACAAUGUUUUUUUACAUUGUUUGUUAUUAAAAAUUGUGUUUUGUAAACAGGUUUCUCGGAAUGUGUUUUUGCAUGUAUCUUACUACCUCCCAUACACAAUAGUACUUAAAUUAAUAAGUACAUUUUUCAAGUGGCCCCAUGCCAUGUUAUUUAUGCUUUAUGUGUGUAUUCCUUUUGAAUCACAGACUCAUCCCUCUUUUAUCUUUUGAAAAACAUGUUUCAAGUCAGGUUAUGGUAAAAAAAAAUGUUUUGCUCUUGUUUAAGUUUAUUGUAAAAAAAAUGUUUUCUGUUCUUGUUUUCAUGUUUAGAAAUACUCAAGGUGAAUAAUUGUUAUGAAUAAAAAAUUCUUGAUUAUUUCAAUAGUUCGGUUACAGUUUAGACAGGAAUGAUUAUUACAUGUAUUAUGUAUUUGGUUUUGGAAAAUUUUGAAAUAGAUAUAAAUUUUAAGUUUAUUAUUAUAGAUGAAUGCACAGUUUGAGUUGAAAUGUUUAGGAUAUAUAUUAUGAUGUAAAUGAUGGUAAAUUUGCGAAAUAAAAUGUUUAAACUAAAUGUGUCUACUAGGAAUAUAAUCAUAAAGACCGAAACCCAUAAGUGAUAAAGUAGAUCUACAAAGCAUUUUAUUUAAAAGCCAUGCAUUAUUGUACUAAAAUUCAAGAAAAACUAAUAUUUUUUUUUGAAUUUCAAUUUUGACAUGCUAAUAAAAAAGAGAAUUGAUAAAAAUGUGUUGGUUUUGUCAUAUCACGGCUCAUAUAUUGUGUAAUAAUGCACUUGAUUGCCCUAUCUGUUUGAGAGGGGAAUUAAGUGUGAAGAGUUGCAUUGGCUGAGCAGUUAAAACAAGCAGUUAACAAAUUCCAUUUAUCAUUUCUUAUGAUUAUUAAUUAAUUCUUGUAUUUUUUUGGUGUCUUUAAAAUAUUUUUUAAGAAUUUAUAUUUUGAUCAUUGCACACCUCUAGAUUAUGUUAUCAAUUGAUCAGAUAUUUACAUGUUAAAACAGCUUUUGCUUCAACCACCAUGAACAGGGUUUGUUAUAAUUAAUAAAUAAAAAAUUAUUUUUGAUUUUUUUUAGUUAUGUCAUCAUGUUUAUUUUGACAUUUUUACAGUUGUAUCAAAUUCAAUAUAAUUAUAUAUAUAUACAUGUUUUUUAUAUAAUUGUUUGAAAUGUCACUAUUGAAAUGAUUGUUACUGUUAACUCCUAACUUUUUAAGUUUGUAUUACAUAUUUUCCUUGCAUUGAAUUUUACACGGGCUUAAAACAGGACUUACAAAAUCUUUUAUUUUCUGCUUUAUAUGCCCACACUAUAGCUAUAUUGUUGCCACACAAUAGCCAUUUUGUGUUUACGUGAUUGGUGUUACAUACACGUAAUUUUAUGUUACACGUGUGAUAGCCAUUUUAUGUUACAUGUGAUUGCCAUUUUAUGUUUACCUGAUAGGUAUUAUGUACACAGUCAUAAAUCAUAUUGCAGCGCCCAAUCUAGCUAUCAAGUGUGAAUGUGAUGUGACCAUGUAAAAGCCAUCGAUUGGACACAUAGUAAAAAAAAAAGAUUUCCUAUGGCACUUAUGCCCCCGUAGAAUUUGUAAUAGUACAGAGUUUAUAGAAUUUAAUUAUCAAAGUACAAAAGUUAAGCUUCCAACAGUAUAGAGUUGGGUCAGACUGCAUGGAACCCUGGCUCUUUGUGUCCAGCUAACACGUCAAUUUCAGUUUCAGCAAGUGAAGAUUACAAACUUUAUACCCAUUUGUCUCAUUUUGUUUCAUAAAACUUGUAUUUAUGAUAAAUCUAUGUUCUUUUA